AUGGCUACCCUGAACGUGCAUAUAAACUUGAAUCACUACCAGUUGAUAUUGCAGUAGGAGAAAAUGAAAAAUGGUUAUUAAUUGCAAAAAAAAGAGUUUCCUGUUGGUCCCAUUAACUUUUACGAGCAAAGGUUCAACUCAGUUAAUUUCUCAAACACAAAAAUAAAUGAGGUGAUUGGUUGGAUUCUCAUAAUUGCUGUGAUCUUGCUUAUGCUAAUGAUGGCUAUAUCUUUGAUUCAAGGUUCAGUAGUGGGAUUUGCCAUUCCAUUGUUAUCAGUGGUUACAUUCUUCAUAGUUUAUAUGAAUUGGGUGUCAAUGAAGUUUUUCGUGAACUCAUGA